AUGGGUGGAGGAAACGUGAUCGAGGUCGGAUCCAAGGCGGAGUGGGACAAGCAGCUCGCGGAUGCCGGGGACAAAGCGAUUAUUGUCGACUUCACCGCGGUCUGGUGCGGGCCCUGCCAGGCGAUCGGGCCCUACUUUGUGCAGCUCAGCACCCAGUUUGAAGACCUGGUGUUUUUGAAGGUGGACGUCGAUGCCAACUCGGAGGUGGCUGGCGCCUGUGGGAUCUCGGCCAUGCCCACUUUCCAGGUGUUCAAGCACCGCGCCAAGGUGGACGAGUUCAUCGGCGCCUCAAAAGACAAGCUCCUCGCACUCUGCACCAAGCACUCCGCCAAGGCAUGA